AGUUGAAAGAAUGCCACAUAGAGGUGGGAGGGUUGCCAUCAGACUCCGGGAGAUCAGAGACAAAGUCAUUGCCGAUAAUGUCAACUUUGAGAGCAUUGAUGAUGUCAGCUUGGCCACAAUAGACUGAGUUCUCCGGUGCCAAAAGAUGCGGAUGAAACAGGUCUAUAGGGUUCCCUUUGAGCGCAACUCUGCGCGACACAAAGACCUACGUUACGAGUAUGUGCAAAGGAUAUUACAGUUGGACACGAUGGCCAGACCUCAUGAGUACCUCUUCCUGGAUGAGGCUGGCUUCAACCUGCAGAAACGAAGGCAAAGAGGCCGUAACAUCAUUGGCCAUCAUGAGGUUCCUGGCCAACGGGGGGGUAAUAUUACUCUUUGUGCGGCCAUGGGUUUGGAGGGGCUUGUCCACCGGCAUGCUGUCCUUGGGUCUUACAACACCCAACGUCUCCUCACCUUCCUAGAGGAGCUAAAAGACAUCAGCCUGGACCGCCAACAACACCAUCCUGGGCCCGCACAUAAAAUUUAUGUGAUCAUUUGGGACAAUGUAAGCUUCCACAAAAUAAACCAAAUCAGAGAGUGGUUCACCACCAACAGUAACCACUUUUUAAACGUCUGUCUGCCACCCUACUCCCCUUUCCUGAACCCUAUAGAGGAGUUUUUCUCAUCGUGGAGAUGGAAGGUUUAUGACAGACAACCAUACACUAGAGAGAACCUCCUAAGGGCAAUGGAGCCCGCCUGUGUUGAUAUCCCAGUGGAGGCCUUCCAAGGAUGGAUUCGCCAUUCCAGGGCAUUUUUCCCGCGGUGCCUGGCAAGAGACAAUAUAGCCUGCAAUGUGGAUGAGGUGAUGUGGCCCGAUGCAGCUCAGCGACAUGAUGCCGCACAGUGAUUUUGGUGUGUGUGUGUGGUGUGAAUAAAGUAAAUAAAAAAACUUCACAGCCUGAUCAUGUUUUCAAGAGUACUGUUGUGUGCAAUAGAUUCUGUUUUUGCAUUGAGUUGUGUUACAGUAAUGUACAUGCAGAAUUUACUAUAGAUUUAUACUCUUCAUAUGAAACUCUCAAAUCUAAAUGCCUAAUCCUCUGCAGAGAUCUAAGAACAUCCAUUACUGUAAAGUUUCAAAAAUAUGCAUUGGCAGUUAUGAAACAAAGAACCUUCUCACAAAUUGAGCAUUGUGUUUUUAAUUGU